AAAUUCAUACAAGCUUAUUUGGCGAGCCAGAAAACAAUUUUACACUAGAUAAUGAUCAAAAUUCACAACUACCACCGAACUUCCUUAUGGCUGACACGUACUGUCCGGACUGUAAGCGUCCUACGGAGGUCGUCUUCGACCAUUCCGCCGGCGACACAGUCUGCUCCGAAUGCGGCCUCGUCUUAGAGGCUCAUUCCAUAGACGAGACAUCUGAGUGGAGGACUUUUGCAAACGAGUCCACCGAUAACGACCCUGUCCGUGUCGGCGGCCCUUCAAAUCCUCUUCUCGCUGACGGUGGUCUUUCCACCGUUAUUUCUAAGCCUACCGGAGCUUCUGGUGAUUUCCUAACCACUUCUUUAGGCCGGUGGCAGAAUCGUGGUUCCAACCCUGACCGUUCUCUUAUUCAAGCCUUUAAGACUAUAGCUACAAUGUCUGAUAGGCUGGGCCUUGUUGCAACGAUAAAGGAUCGAGCUAAUGAAAUCUAUAAGAAAGUAGAAGAUCAAAAGCCUCUGAGAGGAAGGAAUCAAGAUGCAAUCUUGGCUGCUUGCCUUUACAUUGCUUGUAGACAGGAGGAUAAACCUCGCACUGUCAAAGAAAUAUGUUCAGUAGCUAAUGGAGCCACAAAGAAGGAGAUUGGCCGCGCAAAGGAGUAUAUUGUCAAGCAACUGGAAGUAGAGCUGGGUCAAUCAAUGGAAAUGGGAACUAUCCAUGCUGGAGACUUUCUGAGAAGGUUUUGUUCUCAUCUUGGGAUGAACAAUCAAGCAGUUAAAGCAGCUCAAGAAUCUGUGCAGAAAUCUGAAGAGCUUGAUAUAAGGCGAAGCCCAAUAUCGAUAGCAGCAGCAAUAAUUUACAUGAUAACUCAACUCUCCGACGACAAGAAACUUCUAAAAGAGUCCUGUUAUAUGGUUUGAUAUGUAGAUAUAUCGCUGGCUACCGGAGUGGCGGAAGGGACUAUAAGAAAUUCUUAUAAGGAUUUGUAUCCUUAUGCUUCAAGGAUUAUACCAAGCUGGUAUGCAAAGGAAGAUGACCUUAGGAAUUUAUGCAGUCCUUAGAACAUUUCUUAGUUUUGUGCAGCAUUGGUUUUUGAAGUUAGAUGCUGCCAUUGCUUCUGUUCAUUAAUUUCUAGUUCACAAGUACUAUUUAGUCAUUUUUGGUUCUAACUUUGUACCACUCAAACUGAAAUUGUAGCCAAAUUAGCUGUAGUCUUGACUGAUAAAACUGCUGCUAUAUUACCUUUUUCAUUAUGUUUUUUAAGUCCAAGGAAAAUUAUACUUUGUGUAAUAA